AUGCUGUCACGUCUGUUACUGAGCGGUUUUCUUAUUUUAAUACCAUUCUCGUCCGAGCUAGGAAAUGCGGGAUUUGUACAGCUUGACGGAGCACCACCAUCUAAAAUAGCCGUCGUUGGCGCAGGAAUCGGCGGGAGUGCGACAGCCUAUUUCUUGCGUCAACAUUUCGGACCAGAAGUGCGUAUCGAUGUGUUUGAAAAGGGGACGGUGGGAGGUCGACUGGCCACAGUCACUGUCAACAACCAAGACUACGAGUCUGGAGGCUCCAUCAUUCACUCCCUCAACCUACACAUGCAAGACUUUGUGAAACAACUUGGCUUGAAGUAUCGGAAGAGCGUGGCGGGGAAGAUGGCCGUCUUUAACGGAGAAGAGAUCAUUCUGGAAGAGACAGACUGGUACUUACUGGACCUGUUCCGUCUGUGGUGGCGUUACGGCAUCAGCUUCAUCCGCAUGCAGAUGUGGGUGGAGGAGAUCAUGGAGAAGUUCAUGAGGAUCUAUAAAUACCAGGCGCAUGGUUACGCCUUUAGUUCUGUGGAGGAGCUGCUGAACUCUCUGGGCGGCUCCGGGUUUCUCAACAUGACCCGUCGGUCUCUGUCCGAGUCUUUGCUGGAACUGGGCGUGUCCCAGCGUUUCAUCGAUGAGGUCAUCUCCCCCAUCAUGAGGGUCAACUACGGUCAGAAUAUCAGCAUUCCGGCGUUCGUCGGUGCCGUGUCAUUGGCCGGUGCACAGGCUAACCUCUGGGCGGUUGAAGGGGGAAAUAAACUGGUUUGUUCUGGGCUGCUGAAGUUAGCCAAGGCUAACUUAAUCCCUGCCCAAGUCACCGCCGUAUCUCUCCAGACUGCAGGAGAAUCCCACCAAUACAGGCUCGGAUACUCCAGUCAAAAUGAGCAAGUGUCUGAGGUCUAUGACAUUGUGGUGGUGGCCACGCCCCUUCAGCAGAAUGUCAGAUCAGGGAUCUCCUUCCAGGACUUCGAUCCCCAAUUUACGGAAAUGCCCGGCUCGUACCACCAGACCACCGCCUCUAUCGUCCACGGUUACCUCAACUGCUCCUAUUUCGGCUUUCCAGACCCCAAGCUCUUCCCGUUUUCCAGCAUCCUCACCACGGACACACAGGGGCUCUUCUUCAACAGCGUGGCUAGCGUCUGCCCGGUCAACAUCAGUGCCGGCUUUCGCCGAAAACCUCCGCAAGAGGCCGGCGUCUACAAAGUCUUCUCCCCGCGGCCUCUGGAGAAGCCCGAACUGAAAACCCUCUUCAGGUCGUACUACUCGGUGCAGGUGACGGACUGGCAGGCGUACCCGCACUACGGCAGCGCCCAGGGGCUUCCCCCCGUCGUCUUACAUGACAAUCUCUACUACCUCAACGGCAUAGAGUGGGCGGGCAGCGCCAUGGAGAUGAGCUCGGUGGCGGCGAAAAACAUCGCCCUGCUGGCGUACCAUCGCUGGAGUAGGCAGCUGGAGAUGAUCGACCAGAAAGAUCUCAUGCACAAGAUCAAAACUGAACUGUGA